UAAUCAUGAAUUGUAAACAACCACGAAUGGCGUUCCUAUAAAAUUAUACAAACAGACGUGGCUGAGUGAGACUCCGUUCAGUCGUUCAGUCGUGUGUGACAAUUGCGUGUUCGUAAAGUUGGGAACCAUUUUAAUACUUACAACUAAAGAUGAUUUCGUGGAUGAUCAAUUGUUUAACUGAUUCGUUUACUCUGAUAUGCACCACAGUGAUCGGUAUACUGUUUUAUUAUUAUUCAACAGCCACGUACGAAAAAUGGAGGAAAGCUAACGUGCCGCAUUUGAAGCCGGUACCGUUGUUCGGGAACUUUUAUAGAACGACGAUGAUGCUUGAAAAUCUUAACGAUACGUACGACAACAUUUACAAACAGUUUCCAGAUAAAAAAAUUUGUGGGUUUUAUCAGAUGAGGACGCCUUUCUUGAUGAUUCGAGAUCCGGAAAUAAUAAACAACGUGCUCAUCAAGGACUUUUCGCACUUCACAGACCAUGGGUUAGAAAUGGAACCAUCAGCUAAAUUUUUGGGUAGAAGUUUGUUAUUCACAAAUGGCCAAAAGUGGAAGAUCAUGAGACAAAAAAUAAGCCCGGGAUUUACAUCCGGUAAACUCAAGCUGAUGCACAGUCAGAUUAAAGAAUGCAGCAAAGAGAUGAUAAAAUAUAUCGAUAGGAAAUCGAAGACGACUGAUCAGUUUGAUGUGCACGAUAUCAUGAAUAAAUAUGCCACCGACGUAAUUGGGACAUGUGCUUUCGGUUUGAAAUUAGGCAGUAUGACAGACGAAGACAACGAAUUUCGAAAGUUCACAAAAUUGAUAUUUAAACCAUCGUUUAGGCUAAUUUUUGCCAACACGUUGGUAAUGAUUUCACCAAAAAUAUCGAGUAUAUUAAAAAUAAAUCCCACCCCACCAGAAGUUGAGGAAUAUUUUAUUUCAUCAUUAAGAAGUGUAAUCGAGUACAGAGAAAAGAACAAUGUGAAUAGGAACGAUGUGGCCCAAACACUUAUGCAAGCUAGGAAAGAACUUGUACUAAAUAAUACGUCGUUUCCUGAAGAGAAAUUCACUGAAAUGGAUAUUAUUUCAAAUGCAAUUAUAAUGUACUUUGCUGGUGCCGAACCGGUAUCCGAUACGUUGGGUUUUUGUUUACAUGAGUUGGCAAUAAAUAAACAUGUACAAGACAAAUUGCGUGAACAUAUCAUCGCGAAGAGAGAAAAACAUGGUGGUGAAUUUACCAACGAUUAUUUGAUGGACCUCCAUUACGCUGACAUGGUUUUAACAGAAACAUUGCGCAAGAACAACGGGACAAUUGUUUUAUUCAGAAAAGCAACUAAGACUUAUCAUGUCCCGGACUCGUCAUUAGUCAUCGAAAAAGGCCAAAAAAUAAUAAUACCAACUUACAGCAUUCAUCAUGAUCCAAAAUAUUUUACUAAUCCUGACGUUUUUGAUCCGGAAAGGUUUUCUCCGGAAGAAAAAUCAAAACGACCUAGUGGCACUGAAUUGUUGUUUGGGGAUGGACCUCGAUUUUGUAUAGGUAAGCGUUUGGCUGAAUUGGAAAUGAAAUUAGGUUUAUCAGAAAUAAUCUCGAAGUUCGAAGUUUUACCGUGUGAAAAAACUGAAAAUCCCUUGAAAUUGUCUCAUGUUGGAGGUGGUAUUAAACCGAAGAAUGGAAUCUGGUUAAGUUUGAAACCAAUCGUGGCCUCAUAAUGAGUCAAUGACUGUGUUUUGAAUAGAGUUUUGUUUGUUUGUUUAUGGUUCAUGUAGGCUUAUCAUCAGAAUUGUAUAAAUAUUUCUUUAAUAUACUCGAUGAUGAAUAUUUGAAUUAUGAUUCAAAGUGAAGGCUGUCCUUUUUUUGGUACCCAAAUGAUUAUUUUAAUAAUAAAGCUAGUAUAUCUAACAAUUUUAACAA